CGUACGCUCGAUCGGGCAUGGACGCCGGCGAGCUCCAGGUCUUCGACGCCGGCCAUUGCGCCGACGGGUACCAGCUGGGCCUCGCCGUGGGCCAGCGGUUCGGCGAGACGAUCAGGAGCAGAAUGCGCGGGGACCUCUUCCUGCACGAGCAGCUGCUGCCCUUCGCAUCCACGGCGGUCGGCAAGCCGCUCCUCGCCGCGCUCCAGGCCUCCAACAGGGAUAGGUACCCCCGGUACUGGGACGAGCUGGUGGGCACGGCCGCCGGCAGCGGCGUCCCACUCCUGCACAUAAUUCUGGUCAACUUCAAGAAGGAGAUUCGGCCGUUCAUCCCGAAACGGGAGGAUCAAGAACCCAAAGAGGAGCCGGACAACGACUGCUCCGACAUCCUGAUGGUCAGCGAGUCGACGGCGAUCGCGGCACACAACGAGGACGCCAACGUCGCGCUGGUCGGCCACACCUACAUUGUGAAGGCGACGUCGCCGGACGGCGCGUCCUCCUUCACCGCCUACACCUACGCCGGCGAGCUCCCGACCUGCGCCUUCGGCUUCAACAGCAACGGAGUAGCCUUCACACUCGACUCGGUUCCGCCGGCGAAAUGCGAGGUCGACGCGGGAGGCAUCGCCGUGAACUUCGUGUCACGCGACCUGCUGGAGGCGAGAGACAUCGACGACGCGAUGCAUAGGGUGUGCUCGCCGGGCGUCUCCGUCGGGCACUGCUACAACCUGAUGGACGUCAGAGCCCGGCGCAUCGUCACCGUCGAGACCGCCUCCCGGAACCGGUUCGCCGUCCACGAGGCCGGCCCGGCGCCCUCCUUCCACGCAAACAUGUACCGCCAUCUCCAAGUGGAGCAGGUGUACGACGAGAACUCCAUGAGCAGGGAGAGGAGAGCGGCGCGGUGCGCCAUGGACUCCAAGGAGAACGCGCUGUAUGUGCUCGGAGACGCAGACGAUGAGAAAUACCCGAUCUUUAUGACUGGUCCGACAUUGUACACUCUAUGCACCGUCAUGGUCGAUCUUGAUGAGGAGACGAUGGCCAUUUACAAGGGGAAUCCAAAGAACACAAAUGUCGUUCGAGUAGUUCUUCCUAUGCUAUGAACCGCUACACAUGUCAUUUUUUUAAACAGGGCAUAAGAUUUGUCAUUUUUAUUAAGUAAGGAAAAGUUA